AUGGGUUCAACGGAGAACACGAUAAUCCUCUACACCAACCACACAUGUACUUGGGCAAAUAGGGCGAAUGUGUGCCUCACCGAGCUGGGGAUCCCCUUCGAGGAGCGAAUCAUCAACGUCGACGGUCCCCGCCCAGCCGAGUUUCUCAAGCUGAAUCCUCGCGGCCUUGUACCGGUACUCAUUUUCAAUGAUCAAGUUAUUGUUGAAUCUAACAUCGUCUGCCAAUUUCUGUGUGACGUCUUCCCGUCACACCUUUGUCCUCCGCCGACAUCCACUGCAGGAGCAAUGAAACGGGCAAGAAUGAACUUCUUUAUCGACACCUACUGGACUAAAUACCACACGAUCUUAUUUAGACUGUUUGAGUCACCCACAAAGUCGGACGAGGAGAAAGUGAUUGAUGAUGCCAUCGACGGCAUCAAGAAGGAAGUGGAGCCGCUGCUAGCUGAUGCCGCACCGUUCUGGGGUGGGAGUGGGCAACUGACCCUCGCGGAAGUGAUUACUGGGCCUUUUGUGAUCCGUGCGGUAACAUUGAGCAAUCAUGGUGUGUAUCCUACGAGCUUGAAUCGGAGGAUAGAAUCAGAGGCGCCGAGCUUCCACAGAUGGGCAAAGGCUACAUCCAGCCACGCAAGCAUUACAGGGGUAUUUGAUGAAGCCGUGAUAGUAAACCGGUCUGUGGCCAAGAGGGCCAGGAUGAGGGCUGCCGCAGGAUUAGACUGA